AUGCGUCUUCAACAUUAUAUAUUAAGAUUAAAUAGGUUUAAUAGAUUAAUCAAGCCAAAUAAUACUGUACAAUUAUGCUCAUUCUCUACAGAUAAUUGGAAUUUUGAUGACCAGUUGCUUGAUGCUGUACUUACUUCUGAUAAUAAGUUUAAAGGGAAACUUACACAUAAAAAUUUUAAUAGUAAUACAUUAUGUGAGUUAGAAGAGAAAAUUCAAUUUAAAAGACCAAAUAAUGAAUUAGAAGUAUCCAUAAUUUUUGAACAACUUGGCAAGUUCUUAUCCUCUGAAACUCCCUUAGCUUUGAAGGAGUUCUUUGAAAAUAAUAAACUUGACACUGCAAUAAAUGCUCAUAUAUUAGGUGAAACAUCAAGUAUAGAAUCAAUUAUUGUUACAUCAACUACAGUUGCUAAUUUGUUUGGUUCAUACUAUGGCAAUUUUGAAAAUUUAAAUAAAACCAAUAAAAGUUUUAUUUUACUCCAAAACAUUUUAAAUAAAUGUUAUUUAGAUAUUCAACAAGUUUCUUUUUCUCAACUUCCUAUGGAAAAGUUAGUUCCAUUAUAUUUUGUACUACACAAAUAUGGAGGAGAAUUCAUAAAUCCAAAAUUAAUGGAUGCUAUUAAAGAACGCGUUAUUCUACAUGUAAAUAACACCACAUCAAUAGAUUUUAUCCUUGGUCUUCUUGGAAAAGUUAAAUUGACACCUGAUCAAAGCAAAAUAAUUUUUAAUAAAGCAAGAGAAUUAUUACCAAAUUUAUCUCUUAGUCAAUCGGUUUCUCUUAUACAUUAUAUAGCUGCUACAAAAGAACGACCAAUAAUAUUUCUUCAAGAGAUUGCCCAACACAUGGAAUUAAAACAAGAUGAACCUUUGUCAAGCAAUCAAUUAGUAGAUUUGGCAAGUGCUCUUAAUAAAUUGUCAUUUAGUAACAGUCAAAUAUUAAAAUUAAUUUGUAAAAAUUUACCAGAAAAUAUUAAAUCUACUAGCAAUGCAAGUAAAUUAUCUACUGUCUUUUCAUCAUUAAGUUCUGUGAAUUGUGGAAAUAAAGACUUAUGGGAAUUAAUGGAAAACUGGUUAAAUAAAAACUAUAAAGAACUCAAUAUUAAAGGUAUUAUUCAAGUGGUAAUUUCUUUUAGUAAACUUAAUUUACCUGCUGAAACCAUAAAAGUACCUUUAAAUUAUUUUAAUAAUACUGUUACAAUUAAAAAUUUUGACAACAGUAAUAUAUUGUUACGAUAUGUUUAUGGAAUGGCAAUUUUUGGUAAAAUGACUCCAAGAAUGGCAGAAAGUAUUUUGAAAAAAGAAUUUGUUAAUGAUCUACUUUAUCAAAAACCAGAAAAUAUGAAAAUGUAUUUAUUGAAUUUAAUUGCUCAGAUUGAUUGUGCUGCUAGAAAUGAAUUAAAUGAUUUUGAUAGAUCUAAGUUUUCACUAAAAAAAUACAUCAAAACGGACACUGGCUUAAUUAAUGAAAUAACUAGUAUUAUUUAUGAUAAAAAAGCUAUAAAUUAUAUUGAAUUGGCAAAUUCAGCUAUUCAACGUAUUUUAGGAAGUCAAAAAAAAUGUAGUGGUCCUAGACUUAUACAAGAUGCAUUUUUAGUAAAUAAUAUUUUUACUUAUAUUGGAGAUAGUGAAAUUGGAAUUGUUAAUGAUUGGGACAAACUUAUCAAUAGCAAUGAUCCAAAAAUUGGAUUUGUUUUUAUUUCAAACAGACAUGUUAUUAGUGAUAUUGAAACUGGUGUUGGUAUCAGAGAAGCUGGGGCAGUAAGUUUUAAGAUCAGAGUACUAGAAAAAAUGGGAUUCAAAAUAAUAAGACUUUAUGAGUCUGAAUUUCAAAAAAACUCUACAGCUGCUGAAAAUGUUGAUUAUGUAAAAAAAGAAAUGGAAAAAAUUUUAGGAUUGUAA